UAAAAGAACUCCUAACGAAAAUGUUGAUAGAUUCAAGCUAAAGAUCUGUCAGAGCGAGAAGUAGUGUAUGUCCGUUAUCUCUAAUAAAGUCUUCUACCACUUUCUUUGUAUUUAGUGAUGAACUUUCUGGUUUGAUUCUCAUUACUGUAUUCUCUUGUUCUUGAAUUCCUGAUGUUUUGUCAUCGAUACUGGAUUCCUAUUCCUUAGUAAGUAAACUCGACACUUUCCUGCCAUCCUGGCACCGGAGCACCAGCACAACAACGAAGAAAAAUGGAUGGUAGGAAGCAGAAAAGGAGAAGAAUGAAAUCUGAUUCAGAUAUCUCUCGCCCUUCUCCUAUGCAGAGUCAUAUUGACGCUUGUGUUAGUUUCAAAGAUAAACAGGUAGCUGCGAGAGUCACCUCGGACGCCAAGAUGGAUGAGUGGUUUGUCGUAAAAGUGAUGAAUUUUGAUGAGAAAACAAAAAAAUUCGAAGUACUCGAUGAGGAAGCAGGUGAUGAUGAAGAGGGCGGUGUCCAGAAGACGUACAAGCUGUCUGCAUCUUGCAUCAUACCAUUCCCGGAACGAAACGAUCCUUCCGGUACUCAAGAAUUCCCUGCGGGGAGAAAUGUUUUGGCUGUUUAUCCGGAAACAACUGCACUUUAUAAAGCAACUGUCAUUAGUACACCUCGAAAGAGGAAAUCCGAUGAGUAUCUAUUGGAAUUCGAUGACGAUGAAGAAGACGGAGUUUUGCCGCAAAGGACGGUACCGUUUCACAAGGUGGUUCCAUUGCCAGAAUGGCAUAGGCAAUGAGAUUUGUGUAUAAAAAUGCGUCUUAAUUCAGAAUUUGGCGUUUUAAACAUGUGAAUCUGAACCCUGAUUAUCAUGUAUUGGCUUAGCAUUGAAAGAUUUGACAAUCUGAUAUCCAUUUUUGUUACUUAAA